UUCUUCACUUCAUCAUUAAAAUUCUGCAAACAAAAAAAGUUCUUUAAUCAAAGAAUAAUUGCAAAAUAUUAAUCCUCAAAAUUUGCUUGAAUAAUUCUUAAUUUGUUCGGUUAAAUCAACAAUUCGAUUAGAAAAAAAAACAUUUGAAUCUGUCUAUAUAUAUAUUUUUUUUGGUAAUUAAUCAAUAAUUCUGAAAGGGUUAGGGUUUUGAUUAUGAAGGAUCAAUUACCAAUGUUGAAUCAACAACAACAACAAAUGAUGAUGAAUAUGAAUCCACAUCUUCAACAACAUCAGAUGCAACAACAACCACCACCAAUGAUGAAUCGGAGCUAUGGGAUGUGGCCGCCGGCAAUGGGAGCUGAACAGAUGAACUUUCAAAAUCCUAAUGUAAUGAAAGGUCCGGGAUUUGUUGCCGGAGGAAAACAGUCGAAAAACUUAGGACCUAGGAGUAAUUGGAAGGGUAAAAAGGUCAAUAAGAAUGAUAGGAGGGCGGUGGAUAGUGGUAGGAGAAAAGAGAAGUCUUUGAUGGCUACUACUGGAUAUAUGACUGGUGUUGGAAAUAUUGGAAAUGUUGGAGGAUUUGGUGGAUAUAACCCACCAACACUUAAUGAGUUGCAAUAUCAGAAUAGAUUAAAAGCUAAGAGAUUUUUCCCUAAGAAGAAAUUUUAUCAUAAUAAUAGUAGUAACAAGGGUGCUCCUUUUGCUCCUCGGAACACGUCAUCCUAUAUUAUUAGGGCAAAGAAGAGUGGUGGAAUUGCCUCGUUGGUAUCUCCUUGUCCCGUGACUCCGGCAGUGUUGCCGACCCCAGAAUUUUCUCCCUCGAGGGAGGUACUGGUGGAUAUGGCAAAGGAGGAAUGGGGGGUUGAUGGGUAUGGAUCGAUGAAUGGUUUGAUUAGAUUGAGAUCACCAGGACAUGAUAUGGAAGUACACGAGGAAGAGGAGGAUGAGGAGGGAGGAGGAUCAAGUGAGAGCGAUGUGGAAGAACAUGUGGAGGUGGAAAGGCGAUUGGAUCAUGAUUUGAGCAGGUUCGAGAUGAUUUACCCGAAUAAUAGCAAUGUUUUGGAGAACCGUGUAGAUGAUCAGGAUUCGCACAUUGCUCAGUUGGAGGAAGAGAAUUUGAUUUUGAAGGAGAGGUUGUUCUUGAUGGAGAGAGAGUUUGGUGACUUGAAGAGGAGAUUGCAAAGUCUUGAGAGGCAGGGUUGUGGAUAUGAGGAGAUUAAUGAGGAGGUAGUGGAGAAUUAUUCCGAGGAAAGUGGAAGCCGUGGAGAGUCCCAUUUUGGAGAUGACAAUAAUGUGGAAUGCGUUGAACAAAACAUGGAAGAAGUAGAUGGAGAUGUGAAAGCGAAGGAAGACAAGGUGAAUGAUGGGGUUAUUGAAUCUGUACAGGAGAAGCAGAAAGUGGACAAAGGAAAUGAAGAAUUUAAUGCUACUCAAGUAAAUGAAGAUAAUAGAAGAAAGAAUAACUCAUCAGAUAAUGCAUGUGUUGGAGAUGAAACUAUUGAUAAGGCUUCUCGACCUGACGUUGAACUGGUAGUCCAGGCAAAUACAGUUGACGAAGAACCAGGAAAAUGAAUGAUCAGAUAAGAAGAGCAUUUACUAUGGUGACUUGUCUAGGUUUACCUCAGUAUUGUAAAUCUCUUUUUUGUGAAGUUCUUUCUUGCAAUUUGGCUGACAUUUUAUCUCGUGUCGGGUACAUUGUUUUUGGAGUACAUAAACCUUGACGUUUCUUUUAUAGACAAAAGAAGGAAAUAGUGUUCUGUAUGCUGUGAUUGUAGACCUUCCACAAGUGCAUAGGAUGUAGCAUUCUUGCAGAUUCUGUAAUAUGGCCUCUCUUUUUUCUUUUGUUCAGAGUUAUGUUUUUGGAGCUGUUUGUAGGAAGGAAACUAGUUUUGUGUCUUCCUCAGGACAUCAUAUCAGACUGUAAUAAUCUGUGAAGUUGGAAUGAAAUUUGGAUUUUUUUUCAUAGAAA